GUGGCCAAUGAAUAGAUAACAUGGCUUGCUAGCAGGCCUACCUUUUAACACCUGGUUGUCCGCCAUAAACUUGGGACACCCAAUCUUUGUAUACAGAGCACCACGCCCCUCCCAACGCCCUCUAGCUCCGGCCGAGCUGGCUUCCGGAUAUUGAUCAGCUACGCAACUGCCACAGCUGCGCCAUCGACUGUCUAUUUUUACUCUUCAUCCUCUACUCUUACUACUAGUACAAGAAUCACCAUGGAGACUUCAGAAGCCAAAGCAACUGUCGCAGUCCCUCCACCCAUUAUGACGUCUACGCCAGAAGCGCUCGCAACACAGGUACCCUCACCACCACACUCGCAAUCUGGACAUGCGACAAAUCCCAAGGCCUCAAUAGACGUGGCCGAAAACACCACACCUCCAUUCUCGCCAUCGAGCCAAACGCCUGUCUUGGGCAGGGAGCAGGAGGAGUUUGAGGGCACACUCGACAUAAACAAUAACAUACCAACAGAGAAGGAGCUGAGUGCAGUGGCGGAUAUGCUGGUACUGGAUGCGCAGGGCCAGAGCAGGCCGUUCAAAGAUCUCUAUCAGGCGCCCCAUGUCGCUUCGAGGCAGCUCAUCAUCUUCAUUCGACAUUUCUUCUGCGGCAACUGCCAGGAAUACCUGCGCACGCUCGCCUCAUCCAUAACACCCGACGACCUGCUCGCCCUGCCCACGCCGACAUUCAUCACGGUUAUUGGAUGCGGGCGGCCCGAGCUAAUACCUAUGUAUACCGAAACGACUGGGUGUCCUUUCCCCAUCUACGCCGAUCCGACGCGGAAGCUCUACGAUCAUCUAGGCAUGACGCGCACCCUGAACCUAGGUGCCAAGCCACAAUACAUGCAGACCAACGUUCUCAUCAACUCGGUGCAGUCGAUAUUCCAAGGUCUUAGCACGGGCAAGAAGGCGCUCAAGGGCGGCGACUUCAAGCAAGUUGGUGGCGAGUUUUUGUUUGAGAAUGGCGAAUGCACAUGGGCACAUAGGAUGAAGACAACCCGCGGCCACGCCGAAGUGUCGGAGAUCCGCAGUUUGAUAGGCUUGGAUUCGACAAGACCGCCGGUCAGGAGGAGGUGGAGUCACGAAGUCAAGGGACCGGAGAAGAACAGGAGGAGGACCAUGAGCUGGGGAAGGCUACGAAGCAAGAGCAGAGGCGGCAAGGACGUGUCAGUGACCAGCAGCAAACAAACGACACCAGACAGGAUAUUAGAGGAAGAAAGUGAGGCUCUGACAGGUACCUCAAAGGCGUGAGAAAAGGCAGGGCAGAGGACUUAGUAAUAUGGCGUUUUUUCUACUGCGUAUUUUGGUUGAUGAGCGAGACCAGGAUGUAUUUGCAAGGUCUAUAUUGUUAGCAGUUUGUUAGAAGAUACCAAGAUAUUGCGUUUUUCUACAUGCAUAGGCAUGUAGCUAUCCUCCGGCUGGUUCCGCGUAG